GCGGCUGCGUCAUCAUCAAAACAACUUAGCUAGCUAACUAGGUAGUGUUGCGAAUGUAACAGUCAGCAACACGGGCAAAACCAUCAAGCAUGACGAUUCUUUACAACUAGUUACCUCUGUUUAUGUGUUGUUGACACUAACUGUAUUAUUGUUGUAACAAAGGCGGGGGUUAGGGAAAGAAACCCCAUCUGUUAUACUUUUUUGAGGCCACACAGACUGAAACAGGACCUCGAUAUUGCCCGUUGACAGUAGCCGCAGGAAAGAGCUGCGGCAGCCGCGAAGGCUUCUGUUUCUGUCCGCUCUGCGAGGAGAGGCCAGAGCUCCCCACCUGACGCGGCUCGAGGGAGCGGCGGGCGUCCAGCCGGAGACACGGGGAGCAGGAUAGGGAAGCAGGGGGGAGAGGGCGCCGCGGGGCUGGCGGAGAAGAUGGCGGGCAGCCCCGAGAAGAGUGCCUCCGCGCAGGAGCUGAAGGAGCAGGGCAACCGCCUGUUCCUCAGCCGCAAGUACCAGGAGGCCGCCGUCUGCUACAGCAAAGCCAUCAACCGGAACCCCUCAGUAGCUGUGUACUACACUAAUCGGGCGCUGUGCUACGUGAAACUGCAGCAGUACGACAAGGCCUUGGCUGACUGUAAGCAUGCACUGGAAUUGGACAGCCAGUCAGUCAAGGCACACUUCUUCUUGGGCCAGUGUCACCUGGAGUUGGAGAACUAUGAUGAAGCCAUUGGCAACCUGCAAAGAGCCUACAACCUAGCGAAAGAGCAGCGGUUGAAUUUCGGGGAUGACAUCCCCAGUGCUCUCAGGAUAGCCAAGAAGAAACGCUGGAACAGCAUCGAGGAGAAGCGCAUCAACCAAGAGAACGAGCUGCAUGCCUAUCUAACCAAACUAAUCCUAGCAGAGAAAGAGAGGGAGCUGGAAAAUUUCCGGGAGAAGCAAGAGGACAGUUUGGAAGACAACAGAAACAGGAAUGAAAUAGCCAAGAUCCAGUCAAAACAUGAUAAGUACCUGUCAGACAUGGAUGAGCUCUUCUCUCAGGUGGAUGAGAAGAGAAAGAAGCGCGAGAUUCCAGACUACCUGUGUGGAAAGAUCAGCUUUGAGCUUAUGAGAGAGCCCUGCAUCACCCCCAGUGGGAUCACCUAUGACCGCAAAGACAUCGAGGAGCACCUACAGCGAGUUGGACAUUUUGACCCUGUUACCCGGAGCCCUUUGACCCAGGACCAGCUGAUCCCCAACCUGGCCAUGAAGGAGGUGAUAGACGCCUUCAUCCUGGAGAAUGGCUGGGUGGAGGACUACUGAGCCAGGGAAAUAGAUUUUUUU